CGGGCCUGUCUGUUAAAACAGUGUACAGUCCAAGAUUUCUUGCACAUUUUUGUUUCAGGACAACUGUAUAUACACGCUUGUCUGACUUUCUGAACUAGCUGAUAUUCCUGUUUCUUCAACUGGCUACUGCUUCCUGGGCUCAAUAAAAGAAGGGAGAGAUGAAUUUGCUACGCAUGUUCCUCCUUGCAUGGGCCUAUGUUUCCAUGGCAACCGCGGAAAUGUGCACUGAUGACGUAUGCGAGUUUACUCUAGUGGUUCGGCAGGCAAGGACCAUGACAUACACCGGAAGUGACGGCAAGGUCAACGGGAUUGAGAUUCUGAAAAACGGAAGUCUGCAAGACAAAUACUCACUUUCUCAGGGCGACAUGGACGGACCCAUAGUUCCUGUGGAAGAGACCAUCACAGCUGAUGGAGUGCAGCGAAACGUAAUCCUCGUCAACGACCAGUUCCCCGGUCCAACACUGGAGGUCAUGGAAGGAGCGCAGGUAGUUUUAACCGUCGUCAACAAGCUGUACAGAGAAGCCACCUCACUCCACUUCCAUGGCAUGUACAUGCGCGGUGUGCCAUAUAUGGACGGGGUGCCUUACGUCACACAAUGUCCCAUCCUACCCAUGCACAGCUUCACCUACAGGUUUAAGGCGGAGCCUGCUGGGACCCACUGGUACCACAGUCAUACUGGCUCACAGAAAGAGGAUGGUCUGUAUGGCGCAUUCAUAGUGCACAAGAACGGCAUACCGACGACUCCGUCCCUACCGAUGUUCCUGCAAGAUUGGUGGCACGAUGACUUCAAUACUAUUGACGUGGACAGCGCGUUUAUGGAGCACAGGGGUCCCGGGCGCUUCUAUAUCCCCUGGCAAAAUCGCGGCUUCAGCUUUGACGGUACCGAACUGACGGCUCUCAACUUCAAAUCGGCCCUCAUCAACGGCCGUGGUCGGUACAACAACAACUCCGCGCCGCUAACAAGGUUUGAAAUAUCAUCGGGAGAAACCUUACGGUUCCGCCUCAUCAACGCAGGCGCAGAGUACACCUUCCGCGUGUCCAUCGACGCGCACAGCAUGACGGUCGUGGCAAAUGACGGACAUGACGUCGAGCCGGUCCAGGUUCAGUCCAUCCUCGUCUUUCCAGGAGAGUCUUACGACUUUGAAGUAGUCGGCGAUCCGUCUAAUAGUGGUACCUACUGGAUCCGUGCCCAGACGCUGUGGGCGGGAAAAGGGCCCGAUGUCGAGCCAGAGGACCGACUACAAGAAGUGAGAGCCAUCCUGGCAUACGACAACGACCCUACCGAUGAAGACCCGAACUCAGCCAUGCAAACCUGUACCGAAAACAGCCCGUGUCGAGUUCUGAACUGCCCUUUCCCGGCGUUCCCUGCAGGCAGUAAUACGGAAUGUAUCUACGUCUCAGACCUGAACAGCACCGAGGAUUACUCAAUGCCGGACGAGUCAGAAAAUGAGGAAUACUUCUUCAACUUUGGAUACCAGAUUGGCUCCUCAGUAAACGGUCGAAAAUUUGCCACCCCGAAACAGCCACUGAUUUUCAAAGCACCGUAUGACAUUACCCCCUGCGAAGCCACCUGUGAGACGGACGGGUGUACGUGUACCUACACGGCAGAGAUUCCACUCGGGAAGACCAUCAGGUUUGUGUUGAUGAACCUCGGAUUCGGAAGUGGAGGGCAUCACGUCAUUCAUCUCCAUGGUUACGACUUCAGGGUUCUGGCCAUGGGAUUUCCAGAGUACAACGAAACAACGGGUCGUUGGAUCUCUGAGAACGCUGACAUUAACUGUGGGAACGACAACAAAUGCGGCAUGCCUUCAUCAUGGAACGUGGCAAGGCCGAACUUGAACUACAACAGACCUCCCACCAGGGACACAGUCGUCAUUCCCUCUCGUGGAUACACCGUGAUAGAGUUCAGGAGCAACAACCCAGGCUUCUGGCUCUUCCACUGUCACCAAACAACUCACAUGAACGAGGGGAUGUCCAUGAUCAUCGCGGAGGCCCUGGACAAGCUGCCCGCCCUGCCGUACGGCUUCCCGACCUGUGGAGACUUUACUGGGACCGAGAAACCGCCGGGGGGAGGCAGCGGUGAAGCAACAACAGAUGCCUCAAAAGGACAGUCGUCGGUGACUCUGGUGGAAUUGGAGCAAAUCCAGCUGAUCAUCAUCAUCGUCGUGUCGGCAGCCCUGUCCGCUACCAUAGCCGUUUUGGCAGUCGUCGUCUACAAUGGACGUGUAAAUAAGAGCAAGAAGGAGAAGCUAGAAACGCCACCGGCAGCUCCAAAAAGUCUGGAAGAUACAGUAAUAAUGGAAGACUAGUGGGAUUUGCCAUUGCAAUUGCAGGAAGAUGCUGUCGAAGACGCUGUUUGAGCAAAGGAAGGGGGAGGGGGGCACAGAAGACACAAUCGAAAUGCCUCCGUACUUUUUCUCAAGUUGAUAAGUAUCAUAACAUUCAAAAACUAAAUGUUGUAGUAUUUCCUGCAAAACGACCUUUCUGAGUUAUAGUACGGCUUUUUGUACUCUUUGUCUCUCUUAAGUAAAAAAGUAUUGUUGUAACGUUUUAUUCUAUCGCGUUGAUGUGAUUCGUUCAUCUAUAGUUUAACUCAACUGAUAUCAAGUAAGUUUAAUAUAAGUGUAUAUUGGCGAUGUCAUCUAUCCAAGACUAGUUCUUAGCAAAUUUAUAUUAAUUAGAUCUUACUUACGUCAUCUUCGCCAGGUAGGUCCUAGGGUCUACCAUCUUUUGAUAAGGAGAUCAUUUUGCUAUUAUUUGUUGGAAUGUUCACAAGUUUUACAUUUUCAAAGGUAUCUUAUCAUAACGUUACUAUGAACUAAAUUUAAGUGUAAACAUUGAUACAGCUAGCGGCUUUAAUGUAGUUAAGAUAUUUAGUAACGUUAAGGUGGUAUCUCACUGCACUUGCGUCACGCUUGCGUCACUGCGGGGUUUGAAAGAUACUCAACGAAUUUCAGAGUUAAAGAACGAAUUUUCUUAUUUUUAUGCGUAUUUUGUCGUCUUCUAAGUCAUACUUUUACCCAUUACGAAAUAUAUAAAUUAUAUCAAAUCGGAGAACGUGAAUAACAAACAGUGACGCAUUGAACGAACCCCGCAGUUACCCAAGCUUGACGCAAGUGCAGUGAGAUGCCGCCUUUGCAUUGUAUUUCAGUUGUCUAUCAUUUAAUUGAGUAAGAAGACUGCGGAUAACCAUAUUUCAGAAUUCAUACGUCAUAAAUGGACACUUUUUUUGCGUUGGGACGUUCCCGAAACACAUUGUACCUGAAUAGAUAGACGGCUGAUUGAGAGAGCAAACUGAGUGUGUAGAGAUUGACAAGAUAGUAAAUAAUAUGGUUAUUGCCCAGAUAGGAAAAUAUUGGUAAUUUGUAUGCAUUAUGAGAAAUAGUAUUACGUUUUUACAAUACGAUAAAUAUUACACGACUUCAAACAACCCCUCUGUAAUUAGAAAGGAUUAGAAGUCUGCUAUCACAUCUGAGUCACAUUUUCAUGUUUUGAAUUAAAAAAAAGUAAUUACGAA